CCCGCGGGCCUCUGGAGGGCGGAAGCUUCGGGGCCGGAACGGGUGUGCCCGGCGCGCCUGUUGCUGGGGGGGGCAGUUUAACCCGCCGGACCGUGGCGACUACCGAGGGAGGUGAGGGGCGGGCCGGGCCGGUGUCUUAGGCGGUGGCGGCAUGGCAGGGCGGAGAGUGAACGUGAACGUGGGUGUGCUGGGCCACAUCGACAGCGGCAAGACGGCGCUGGCGCGGGCGCUGAGCACCACAGCCUCUACUGCCGCCUUCGACAAACAGCCGCAGAGCCGCGAGCGCGGCAUCACGCUCGACCUGGGCUUCUCGUGCUUCUCGGUGCCGCUGCCCGCGCGCCUGCGAUCCGCUCUGCCCGAGUUCCAGGCAGCGCCCGAAGCCGAUCCCGAGCCCGGAGAGCCAUUGCUUCAGGUCACGCUGGUCGAUUGUCCCGGGCACGCCUCCCUCAUCCGGACCAUCAUCGGCGGGGCCCAGAUCAUUGAUCUGAUGAUGCUGGUCAUUGAUGUGACCAAGGGGAUGCAGACGCAGUCCGCAGAAUGCCUUGUGAUCGGCCAGAUUGCCUGCCAGAAGCUCGUCGUGGUGCUGAACAAAAUAGACCUCUUAGCUGAAGGAAGGAGACAGGCAACAAUUGAUAAAAUGACCAAGAAAAUGCAGAAGACCCUAGAGAACACCAAGUUCCGAGGUGCACCGAUUAUACCCGUGGCAGCCAAGCCGGGGGGACCAGAGGCCCCUGAAACUGAAGCUCCACAGGGCAUUCCAGAACUAAUUGAGCUCCUGACGUCCCAGAUUUCCAUCCCAACAAGAGACCCCUCAGGACCGUUCCUCAUGUCUGUGGACCACUGUUUCUCCAUCAAAGGCCAAGGCACUGUGAUGACAGGGACCAUCCUCUCAGGCUCCAUCAGCCUCGGUGAUAGUGUGGAGAUUCCUGCCCUCAAGGUGGUGAAGAAGGUGAAAUCCAUGCAGAUGUUCCACAUGCCCAUCACUUCAGCCAUGCAAGGAGACCGGCUGGGCAUCUGUGUCACCCAGUUUGACCCCAAGCUGCUGGAGCGCGGGUUGGUGUGUGCCCCAGAGUCCCUGCACACUGUCCACGCAGCCCUUAUCUCUGUGGAAAAGAUACCAUAUUUUCGGGGGCCCCUGCAGACCAAGGCCAAGUUCCACAUUACAGUGGGCCAUGAGACGGUCAUGGGCAAGUUGAUGUUCUUCACCCCUGCUCCAGAUAACUUUGACCAGGAACCUAUACUGGACUCCUUUGACUUCACUCAAGAAUACCUCUUCCAGGAGCAGUACUUGUACAAGGAUUUGGCAUCAGCAGUGACAGACAAUGAUGAGGCCGACAAGAAGGCUGGCCAGGCCACAGAGGGCCUUUGCCCUCGGCAGCAGUGGGCCCUGGUGGAGUUUGAGAAGCCCGUCACCUGCCCUCGGCUAUGCCUGGUGAUUGGCUCCAGGCUAGAUGCGGAUAUUCAUUCCAACACGUGCCGGCUGGCCUUCCAUGGCAUCCUGCUACAUGGGCUGGAGGACAGGAACUAUGCCGACAGCUUCCUGCCCAGACUAAAGGUGUACAAGCUGAAGCACAAGCAUGGCCUCGUGGAGCGGGCAAUGGAUGACUACAGUGUGAUCGGCCGCUCCCUGUUCAAAAAGGAGACCAACAUCCAGCUCUUUCUGGGGCUCAAGGUGCACCUGUCCACUGGGGAACUGGGCAUCAUCGACAGUGCCUUCGGCCAGAGCGGCAAGUUCAAGAUCCACAUCCCAGGGUUUUUUGCUGCUGUCAUGGGUCUGCAUGCAAGUGGUUUGCAUCCAAGUUUCCCUCUCCCUCAAGAUGCCUGUGAGAACAAAAAGAGGAGAAAGCUCUGCAUUUGAUCAGAGGUUCCUUUUUUCAUCGGGCCCAGCUUCCUCCCAGCCGAGUGGAACUCCUGCCAUCCUCCCUCAUAAGGUAUCAUGGCCAUGCAAUGAGAUGGUGUCUGUCCAGUGCACACCGCAGCAUACCCAGACUGGUCAGCAUCCAGGAACAAGGCCCUGUGGAGGUCUCAGCCUUGGGUGGAGCUUAGUUAGCUCCAAGCUGAUGGAGAUACAAUGAUAUGGCACCCUCAGCCAGGGUUUGAGGGUGAUCUGUCAUGGCCAUGAUCAGAAUGGCAGUGGCCUCUCUUUACAAGCGCUUCCUGGAGACAGCUGGGCCAUAUUUCUUAUUCCCACCAUCCCUCACCCCAACUGAAGAAGAAACCAAAGCUCAGAGCAAGCCAGUCAGGCUGCUGUAUCACCAAGCCUGGUGUCCAAACCCCAGCCAUGGGCACACAGCUCAGGCUCCGACAGCACCACUGUCAUCUCUGCCUGCCCUGCAGGUGUCAAGGCAGACCUGCCUUCCCUAGGCACAGUCACUGUCCUCUACAGUGACCCAAGACAGCUCGAUCACCAUUCCAGCCAAACAGAAUCUGCUGAAGGAAUGGCCCUGCCCCCUAGGGGGUCCCUCAUUCUAGGGGCACGUGUGUGUCUACGUGUGGGUCGUGUAUGUGUGCACGUCAUGGACCAGGCCUGGCUUACCAACAGUACAGGCAGAGAGUGGCAGCCAGCAGUGCCAGCGGAGAAGAGAGACAGCCCCUUCCUCUAGCUCCAGCUACCUGGAGAGGAACCUGGGCUUCUCCAACUACGGGCAAGGACAUGAUCACUUCUCUGCCACUGCCUGUCUAUGUGGCCUUGGACACGUCAAUUUGUAUCCCCGGGCCUCCACUUCCCCCUCUGAAUGAUGGAUUGGAUAAUGUACCCUCCGCACAUGAGUUGAGGCAUAGAAAGUACUUUUCUGAUCCUUCCUACACCAAGCCCUAUACCAAGCACUGGGACACACUGUCAAACGGGAUCCAGUCUCUGCCCUCCCGAAGCCCCCAUCCAUGCACACAGCUGCUGAGAGUUGGGACUGUUUCCUGAGGGUGGAUGGCCUAGUGGGCUAUGGUGCUGUGAGGGAUUUGAGCUCAGGCCCACCACAUUCUUGCUGUGUUAACUUGGGCAAGUUCCUGAAUAUCUCUGUGCUUCAGUUUCCUGGUGUGUGAAUAGCCUGGUUUUGAACUGAGGCAUGCUGUUUUCUGUGGAGCAUGUGAAAUGGUGCAGUGAACCAUUUUUGUAAAGGUGCAGUGAACGUUAGCUGUGAUUGCUACUGGGCUUCUUUCUGUGGUUGUUGAGAACUGGCUGGUGCCCAUUUUGGGGCAUUUUGGGCCAGACCUCCCUCACACAACAUGGUCUUUUCUCUGUCAGGCCACCCUCUCAGCCAUCUGGGCUGCUUUCAGUGCCAGUCUCCACAGUGGCAAGGCCUCGCAGCCCACAGUUCUGGUUGUCAGUGGUCCCCCAACUGGCAAAUACAGCACUGGCACCCUGAGCCUCCACCCUGGAAGUGUCUGGAGACAAGGCCCUACCUGGCCCAGCCCCACUCCCUUGGGCCUGGGAGAUGUCAGGUGGUAAGAAACAUCUCCCAGGUAGUCAGAGGAGGUGAUCCCACACCCUUGCCUCUUGCCAUCCUUCCUCCUUCCACAGGAGAUGGCUGCAACCCCUGCCCCCACCUCCUGUGGCACUGCCCUCCAGGCUGCUGUAUUCCCUGUAGCCAGACUCCCAGGCCUGUGGCAAGGUGGACAGCUUCGUGAAGCUGGGACCUGGAUGCAAAUCGCUGCUCCCUGGCUUACCAGCUAUGUGACCCCAGGCAGCUAUCACGCCUGCCUAUAAAGUGACUUAUAGGACAUCCUGAGGCUGCAAUAAAAUUGGGAGGCAUGUGGAGGAGGCUGCUAGAUAGGCAGUCGCUAUGAGGGUGGCAGUGGUAGCAUCAGAGGGGACCUCUGGCCAAGCCCCGUCCUACCUGCCAGCCUGUAGAGCCCAGCUUGCCCAGGGCUGCAGUCCAGUAUCCUCCCCAUCUAGACACUUGUCAAACCUCAGCCCCACCCAAGGCAAGCCAAAAGGGUCCCCAGAAGCACAGCUGCCCAGGCUCACCUUCUGCCACUGAGGCUGCUCAGCUCCAGCCCAGGGGCAGACCUGCUGCCCAGCUGACCCCUACUCAUUAAGUACAUGGCUUAUUCUCUCUGGACAGAGGAGUUGGGCAUCCAUCCAGCUGCCCUGGCCCAUGCAUGAGGGGCAUGAGCCCCAGGAGAAGGGGCUAGGCCCAGGCCUCCCCACUGAUUCCUCCUCCCAGUUCUGGGCAGGCAGGCUCACUACCUACAGGGAUGUUGACAGGAGAGUCUGUGCAGUUCAAUUCUCUCACCUCUGCCACUGGCCCAGCUGGCAGGUGGUCGGCAGACCUGCUUACCCUCCAGCCUCUGUGCACUGACAGGACCCUGUGGAGGCUGCCAGGCUGGAGGAAGGUGAUGAACCCAGAAGGUGGGCGGGGGAGCUCUGACCCCAUUGGCAGAUGAGGUGGGGUGCGUGAGGGCUGCGGUCACCAAUGCUGCCCCUUCCUGUCAUUGCUGGGCUGCUGCAGACCCUAACUAUCUCUGGGGACAUCAGAUCUGUACUCAGGGUAGAGUGUGGAGGGCCUUGGCCCUAGGGGAAGGCUGGGCAGCCAUCAGAGAAGGCUAAGCCAAGAUGCUACAGAGCCUCGUGUUCAGGGAGCCAAGGGAGACAGAAGUGUGUGAGGUAGACAAGUGUCAUGGGUUCCCCAGGCUGAGGGAGCACUAGUCCCGAGGCUGGGGCAGUGCUGAGAUAGGAGAGGAGUGUGUGGUAAGGACAUGCAGGCUGUAGGGGCAGCUCCUGGGGGGAAUUUGGACCCUGGCUGAAUGGUUGUGAGGGGCUGAAGAGGUCUUCAGUGAGCAGCUGAACUGAGAGGAAUGUUGCGUUUUUGCCCUAGAAGAAUCUCUGGCAACAGCACUAAGGACAGGCUGGUGGGGGAGGGGCCUGGCUGCUCAUGCACAGGAGCCCCAUGUCCAUGCCCUGGGGUAAGGACCUUCUCCUGCUGGGUCUGGAUGGGCACCUAGAGCAGGGGCCUCCAAGGAGUCUGCAGCAAACCACCCGCUGAGCUGUCCCAAGAGGCUGGGCAGGCACUCCACUCACAGCUGUGUGAGCCCUAGCCUGAGCUUCUAGCCUGCACAGCAAGGAGGGUAACCCUUGGGCUGCUCUGCGAACACACCUCACAGUGGCCUCACAGCCAUUCCACAGGGUUCCAGAAGGGUAGGCUGAGAUUCCCGCUCUGGUGAGGGACAGGGCCAGCCCUGCAGCAGCAGCCCCUCCAGGAGGCAGCUAGUGCAGCCGGUCCCAGAGGGACUGAGAAUUUAGGACAACAAACUUUCCUCCCCAGAGGCUGCCACUCCCUAUAUAAUUGAGUAUCAGAGCCAGGUUAUUUUCUGCCUAUUUUAGAACGGAUUUAUUUUUUGCCUUAAAAAAAAAACCUUCCUUCCACAUAAUGCACCGGUGUUCCCUCCCCACACACCCCAAUCUCCACAGCUUUGACUGCAUUAUAAUUUCAAUUUACGUGGUGUGGGAAAGAUUUCUGCAAAGGGCCCUUUUUUGUUUUUGAAGAAUUCAUCAUUGCUGCUAAGAAGCUUAAUAUAAAUUAAAGGAGGAAUUAGGCAACAUUAAGACAUCAAAAUGGGGGUGCGGGGCGCUGGUUGCCUCCGCUUCCGCCCAAUCAAAGGGGCGCACGAGCCCGUUGAGUGUGCGCUGGAGAGCCUCAGAAAGAGCGAGGCUCCAGCGAAGGGCCCGCUCCGCCGCCUGCCUCCCCCUAAUUCCUUUUGUUGCAGGGACAGCGGAGUACAGGUCUGAUAAAAACUUAAUCACCUUAUCUUUUUAAAGCAAAUUGCAUCUUUGUUUACAUACGGGAUCCAUAGCAGGGAGAGAAGGAGAGAAAACCAAGGAGCAGGCCCGCCCCAGCCAGCGACGUUCAAGGCUUUAUAUCCCUAGGAAAACACAGAAGAGCCCAGCCUGACAAAGGUGGCUGGAAGAUUGCAGAGUCACUGUCACUGCUCACAGAGGAGACUGGUGUCAGGACUGUCCCCUCUCAGGGAGCACUCACACUGGCUCUCUCUGCCUACCUGGCCCUCCCUAGCCUUGCCAGGCCUGUCCUCCUGGGCCUCUCUGUCCCCAGCUGGGUCUGUCAGAGCUAAGCCCUCAUCUCCUCUGUCCAUCCUCUGGGCCCAGACUGCCCUGGCCUGCCAGCAGGCAGAGGGGUCUGCAUUCAGACUCAGCUGCACCACAACUGCCAGGAAGCCAGGGCAAGUCAUUGCACCUCCAUGAUGGGGGUGUUGAUGUCAAUCAUAGCCUCCAUUUGUUUCAGAUGUGACCACCAGGCCUCAUGUUGGGGCCACUUCCACCCUUGCCAGUUUCCCCCUUCUUUCUGCCUUCCCACCCCUGGCCUCAGAGGCAGCUCCUGUUUGGCCAGGCCUGCUUCCAGCCCAGCCCUGACUUAGAGGUUUCAUGGGGCACUGUGCCACCCACACAAUUCCAUGACCAACUGUGGCCAGUGCAGGUCUGCUUCCUGUUGAGGGGCAGAACUCUGUCCCAGCUGCCCUGUGGCCCCUGCUGACGGGGAUGGCCUUGCUAGGCAGCCCCUCCUGUUCCUGGAGUCCAGUAUCCAGUCCAGCCCCAAGCCUAGCUGAAUCCAAGGCCCUCUGUGGCCAUCCAGUCUGGCCAUCCCAUAUGUCAGCCCCAUCACAGUCCAUCCAGGCAUAUCCCUCUGAGCUCCUAGCUGUCAGUGAUCACUAGGAUGCUGACCCCAGAGAGAGUCCCUGCCCCUGGCUCGGGCUGUCUUCCAACCCUCUCCAAAGCUGCUUGUUAACAGCAAUGGGUAGUGCUAGAGUGACUAGAGUGGCCCCAACCCCACAGGGCCACCAAGGGGGCCAGUGACCCCAGGCUGCUUGCAAGGGUUCAGUUCCCACUGGGACAUGCAAGCCACCCACCAGCAUGGAGACCCCUCUUCCAGUCUGGCCUCCAACAUGAAAGCGACGCCAGCAAUUGGAGGCAAUUUGCCGGCCUUUGAUGGCCGUGUCAGGGCAGCACCGUGGCCAGGGCUUGGGAAACAGUUUUGCUUCCCGCAUUCUUCCCUGAUUACCCCAGCCUGAGCCAGGACCCAGCAGCCUGCAGCCCAUUGUGCCUUUGUGUGAAGUUGGCGCUUUGUGAGAAAGGGCCAGCCUGGCCCUGGGAGAGUGUCCCCAUGGGAAGCCAAGAGGAGCAGUGUUGCCCUCAGGGUCAUGGCCACCCACCCCUGCUGCAUCCUGGGGUUUGAGUUUGUCAGUGGGUAGAGCAGGGCCGCAGGCUCUGAGAAUCCUGAGGUUUGGGAAAAGGGAGACCCUGUUGAAUGACCAACACAUGUGUAGCACACACACCCUAGCCCGCCCUGCCAGGUAGAGAGCCACACUUCAGCACAUCGGAGAGGGGCCAGGGGGCCAGGCCAGCCUGGGACCUGAACCUGGACUUCUUACUCCCUUGGGUCACUCAAGUGCAGAUAGGUGUUUUCUGGUCCUGGAGGCAGGGGCCCUGCUCUGCUGAGGCAUUUUUCUUCCCUCUGCUGUCCUGCACCCCUGCUGUGAGUGCUUGUGAGGAUGAAUCCAUACUCAUUCCCUUUGUUUUCAUCCAGCAGACCUCCCUGAGCCCCUGUGCUAGGCUCUGCAUGCAACCUGAGAAAGGCACACUUUCACAGGCCACUGGGGAAGGCAAGCACAUAAGGCAAUGACAGCCACAGUGGUGCUGGGCAGGGCGCCCAGGAGAAGCUUACUCAGCCAGGCAGCUGAGGGGUGCCUUCCUAAGGGGCAGAGUAAGAGCACGGCAGGCAGAAGGAACUUCAUGUUCCAAGGCCCUGCACAGCUUCUCAUAGCUGAAGUAUGGUACGUGAUGGGGUCAGAGAGGGAGGAGGGGUGAGGCUGAGAGAGGCCAGAAAGAGAAUGGACGCUUCUGUUGGUGGAGCCAAGUCUAGAUGGCUGACCCAGGCCCUAGAGCAAUCCUUGGGACAGCCAGGCGGGAUAAGGGAGGAGGCUACAAGACAGAGCUGGAGGAGGGUGGACUCCUGCGCCCACACCUCCCAGUCACUGCUUUUGUUGUAAGCAACAGCAGUGUGGGGACCUUGAAUUUCCAGCAGCCAUGAAGGAGCCAUGAGCAUCACCACCCCUACCAUACCUCUUGUCCCUGUCCUUCCUGGGCAAAGCCAGAAUGUGGCAGAGACAUCACCAUGGGCCUAGAGGUGUCAGUAAGCUUCCUGGCCUCCCCUCCCCUCCCUGGCCCCUUUGUGCCAUAGAUUGAGCAGGUUCCAGCCAGAUUGCACCGGUAGGCACCGUGCCUUCUCUGGGCUCCCAUCUGGAUGCCAGAGACCACAGUGAGGGGGGUCCUGUAAUAGACAUCCCUUGUGAGUAACCCAGGGUCACAGUAGAAGCCUUGGGAAAUACAUAAAAGAAGAAAGAAGGAACAGUGCUUGCAAAGCCAAAUGGAGAGUCUUGCGGUCUCUUUUUCCUUCAUCCCAGGGCUGCAGCAGAACUCUUCCAAAAAUUUUGACUGCUACAUUUUUUUUGAAUCAACAUUAUAACAGAAGUCUUUGAGUACCUUGAAACUCUUCUCAGGUAUCACUUUUAGUCCCACAGAACAUUUUUGCUGCAGCAAAUAGAUACUGGAUGGGUCUGGACAGGCCUCCCUUGGUCUUACAGGCCCUUUGUAGCUCUCAAAACUGUGUAGCUCCCUUAGUGGGUAAGCACACAGCCUUUGGAAUCAGAUAGCCUGGUGUUCCUGCUCCGCCUCUAAAUAGCUGUGUGACCCUGGGCAAGCUACCCGCUCUUCUGUGCCUUAGUUUCCUCGACACAGUGUUCCGAGGAUUAAGUACCUCCAUGCUGUGAUGACAUCUUUAUGUACGAAUCUUCAGACCGCUUGUUUGGACUGAAUUCCUAGAAGUGCCUUUCUUAGUUCACACUGUGACCAUCUGGGGACCUUGUCCCUCCCAGGUUGUCACCAGCCAGUGCUUAAACAGUUGCCCUUCGGGUUCUUGGCAAACCAGAGCAGUUUGCCCUGGGCCCCAGCGGGGUCUCCUCCAAUACUUAAUCGUUGAGUGUUCUCUGAGUGCCCACCGUUCAGCAGCGAUUGCUCCAGGUGUUAGGGUUACAACAGUGAAUAGACAAAACUCCCUGCCAGGGCGGAGCUUGCCAUUUUAGUAGAAGCAGACAACCAACACCAAAAUAGACUUUAUAGAGGAUGUUAGAAGAAUAAGAGCUAUAGGAAAAGUA